AUCGUUCAUCCUCAGACAUCAUCAUGUAGAUGCAUCAUGUCAGUCCGCUGGUCCAACCCGUCGGCCCGGUAACCUGCGAGCUUCCUGCGUGUGUGUGUUUGACUGCGUCGUUUUUUUUUUUUUAUUGUCCGGUUCGGGGGUCGCUCCUGGUGGCAGCAGAAUGAGACCAGCGGCGGUAAAGCGGUCAGCCCUCGUCCUGGGGGGCAUCGGGUUGGUCGUGUACUUGGGCAUGUUCCUGAAGAACGGACAUGAGCAGAGAGCGGGUUCUGUGGACCAGCAGGAGCCGCCGCGGAUGAACUUCUCUGACCUGGAGGCGAGCAUCAGCAACCUCUACAAAGUCAUCAAAGCCUUUGAGUCAAGGCAGAAUGACAUGAAGAAAAUACUUGAGGAGGACAAAGCCAAGCGGGUAAACGCUGCAGCGCUCCUGGACUCGGUCGUCCAACAGCAACUGGGGAAGAAACAGCAGCCCGACACAGAGAAGGAGAAGGAGGCCGACAACGAGAAGAAGUCCAACAAACUGUUCCCAAAGUCUGCCCUGUUCAAGGAGUGGGGGGCAGGUCUGUCUGAGGACGACCAGAGGGAAGCUCAGGCUCUGUAUGAGAAGUACGGGUACAACGUUUUCCUCAGCGACCGCCUUCCUCUGGAUCGACCUCUUCCAGACACCAGAGUUCCAGGGUGUUUGAAAAAGACUUAUUCAAAGGACCUGCCCAGUCUCAGUGUGGUGCUGAUCUACCUCAACGAAGCCCUGUCUGUCAUCAAAAGGGCGCUGCGCAGCAUCAUCGACCGCACCCCUCGAAACCUACUGAAGGAAAUAAUAAUGGUGGAUGACAACAGCUCUAAUGAAAACCUCAAGGGGGACCUUGACAUGUACAUAAAGUCGCUUGAGGAGCAGAACCCAAAUCUUCGUUUUAUCAGAGUGAGGCACACCGAGCAGCUGGGCCUCGCUCACGCCAGAGUCUCCGGUUGGAAGGCGGCUACUGCUGACGUGGUGGCCAUCCUGGACGCUCACAUCGAAGUCCAUGAGUUGUGGGCCGAACCUCUGCUGACACAAAUCAAGGCUGACCGAACGGUGGUGGUGUCUCCUGUGUUCGACAGAGUCAACUUUGAUGAUCUCAAAGUCACUCAGUACCAGCCAGCAGCGCACGCCUUCGACUGGGCUUUGUGGUGCAUGUAUGAGGGGUUUGCGCCCGACUAUUACAAACAAAACGACAAUUCACUGCCUGGAAAGAGUCCAUCUGUCAUGGGAAUCCUAGUUGCUGACAGGAAGUUUCUGGGAGAAAUCGGAGCUCUGGACGAUGGAAUGAAAGUGUACGGUGGAGAAAACGUUGAGCUGGGAAUUCGCGUGUGGACAUGUGGAGGCAGUAUUGAAGUAGUUCCAUGCUCCAAGAUCGCCCACAUUGAGAGAGCCCACAAGCCCUACAUGCCAGACCUGGGUCCUGCCAUGAAGAGAAAUGCCCUGAGGGUGGCAGAAGUCUGGAUGGACGAAUACAAGCACAACGUCAACUUGGCUUGGAACUUGCCAUUUGAGAAUCAUGGAAUUGACAUCGGAGACGUCACGGAGAGGAAGAAACUCAGAGAAAGGUUAAACUGUAAACCUUUCAAGUGGUACCUGGAAAACAUCUAUCCUAAGCUGGAUUCCUGGGAUAACCUACUUGGAUACGGAGGACUGAAGAAUCUUGAUGCUGACAUGUGCAUAGACCAGGGUCCAGUACCAGGACACACACCUAUCGCCUACAACUGCUACUACUACGGACCUCAAUACACGUAUUUGCGAGGAACCGGCGAGCUCUACAUCGGCGGCAUCAAGUCCCACAAGUACAACGACAACCGAUGCUUGACUGACGUCGGCCAGAAAGAAAGCGAGCCUGGCCUGUACAACUGCAAAGAGGCUAUGCAGAAAGGAAUGGGGAUAUACUGGGACUUCACUCAGGGCAAAGAAAUGAGGAACAGACAGACGAAAAAGUGCCUGGAAAUCAAAGACCGUAAACUUGUCAUACAGGAAUGCUCUGGCCAACGAUGGGAAAUCCAGAACAUAAUCAAGGCCUUUUGAAGUAUGUGUGUGAUCCACAAGAAGUGCUGAUAGAUUGCUGUUUUGAAAUGAAGCCACACAGUUGUGAAACACCGGCUGGUUGCCUAAUUAGCACAAACAUACCAUCAUGCUAUUUAGAAAAAAGCAAAGUUAAUCCUCUUUCCUCCUCUUCAGUCUAACCAGACUAUUAAUGUCUGUCUCGGCACACAUUACCACUAAUCCAUGUUUGUGUUUUCCUUUAUAUUAAGAGCUGGGACGUUGUGAAAGAGUGCAAGCUUUAACUUGUUUCACAGUUUUAGCUGCACUGAGUUUUAGCCGUGGCUGCAGUAGAUAUAAAACGAUGAGCUGUUUAAUGUCACCACCUAUUACAAAUGCUGCUCUCGUACAGAUUUUAUGCACUACCUUUGGCGCAGUUGGGUGAAUAUAAUGUUUAAAAAAACUGUAAUUUUUAUCACUGGUUCUACCUGCAUUAUUGUCUGAUAUGUGAGAAGUAAAUGAAGUAAAAUAAGUACAAUGAAGGUAUAAAAUGAGUGGAUUAAGAUAAGACCAGCAUUCAUGCCUCAGGUCAAAUUUAACUAUUUAGAAGUGAAACUAGUUCAUUAGGAAGACUCGGGUGUAAAUCUGUUGUAUGGUACUUGUUAUUUAUGGUUCAAAUAGGGUUAGGUUUUUAACAAUACUGUUUAAAUAAAUGUUUUCAGGUUUACUUUUGAGAACUUCUGUAAGGGUCAGGUUGUGGAAAGGACUCGUGUGGCGACACGCCCUGCCUAUUAAAUUAAUAAUAAUCUUCUCUGUGUGAAUAAAACUGACAUCAAGUCAGCUAAUAAGCGAUAAGUCAUUGCUGUGCAGUUGACUGAGGUGUGGUGUGUGUUAUUUAUUGUCUGGCUGAGUAUGAAUCAGAGGUUCUUGGUGUUUCUCUUUUUUGUUUUUUGUCUCCAUGUGUUCUCAGGUCGGCCAUAUUUAUUCCUUUAUUCAUGGAUCUACAGAUCAUACGGAUUGACUGCAAGUGUUUUGUAUUUAAAAGGUUUAUGGUGGAUGUCAAAAUACUUUAUAUUCUGUUUUUGUUUAUCUGGAAAUAAAGUUUAUUGUUGAA